AUGCAAUCUGUCCCCUCUCAGCUGUUCGCUGCAAUGAACUUGAGGACACCUAUCAAUCGCUUUCCUGACGAAAUCCUCCUCAUGAUCUUCCGCUGGGUGACCUACGAUGAUCUACACGAUGGUCCCUCCUUCUGCCUCAAGCAUGCAAGCAAAGACUUCCGACUCGCGCAGCUCAACUUGCAGCCUCUCCUCGCCCUCACAUUCAUAUGCAAGCGAUGGCGCUCUGUCGCCAUCUCAUCCCCUCAUUUGUGGACUCGAUUCGACUUGACCUAUAAUACCACUCGUGCGAAGAUGUUCAUGGCCAGGUCCCAAUCUCUUGCUCUCUCUCUCCACCUCAACGGCUUCACUCCUGCUCCGGAAAAUAUCACCACCCUCUCCAAGCGCCUGCGGCGGCUCGAUGCGGCUGUUCCUGGACUACUGCAAUCAAAAUCAAAUCCGCCUCUCUGGCUUACUUCGCAGGAGAUGCCCCAGUUGCAAGUCCUCAACCUGUUCAUUGAAUCCCCCUACGACAGAACUCUUGAGCCUGCUCAAGACCCACAAUUCUUCAUCCUUCUCAAGAAGCCCGUACUUGCGUCCCUCAAAGCGCUUUCUCUGGCAGAGCUGACAUUCUGGUAUCCGGCCAACAAGUUCCCAACCUCACGCAUCUCUCUCUUGGUGUCUGAGGGCACCAGAGCGUCGGAUCCCGCCUGCACUGGACUUCCUUCAUUCUGGCUUGACGGAACAAGCGGGGAGAUAGUAGACUCUCAUAAUUCCUUCUUGGGUGACUUCCGCGAAACGCUCGCCUCUACGCGACUCGUCGAACUCUCGCUCGAAGUGUUUGAUUUUGGCGUCGCACAAGUCACCGCGCUGCUCAGGGACAUGUCCCCCCUCGCUUCGCUCGUUCUACGUCUCCUCCCAUAUUCGGAUUGCACUGGCUUCCACCUAGGAGAUUUGGGUUUCGAGGUAUACAUAUACCCACAGGUGUUCCUCCGGGCCCUCCACUCCCUCGCAGACACCCUUGCCCCCGCCGCGCCCACCCCCGACCGCACCGCACCCCGCUUCGUCGCAUGCCCGUCCCUGCGUACCCUCAAGAUCGGCUCCUCCUUCCAUCCCGACUACCCCUGUCGCGGGGCACGCUGCGCUCCGAGCUGUCCGGAGGACCGCAGCGGCUACCUCCCAGCGGUUGCGCGCGCGUUCAGACGUCUGUCCGAAGCGCGGGGCCGCACGCUCGACUGCCUCGCGAUUCAGCCCGUUCUGGCCGUGGCGACGGCAGACGCGGAGGGCGUAGAGCGGGAGAAGGCGCGGGCGUGGGCGGCGUUCCAGGACGAGGGAGUGCCGGCGCUGGCGCCCGGGUUCGUGGUACUGGCACCAGGGGAGGCGCUGUUCCCGGAAGUCCCAGACCCGGAGGAGUGGAGGGUGGAUGGGGAGGAUAUGUAUUGGGAUGUUGGAGAUAGCAAGGCUAGCGUAGAUCACCCGCUCUUUUUCCCGUAG